AUGCUAAAAAUGAUUCAAUUGUUACUAAUACUUCUGUUUCACUUGCGUGCGGUAGUGGCAUCUCUACAAGGUACUGGUGAUCUUUACUUAUUGAACAAUUUGAAUGAAAGGUACAGCCUGGCAACUUUCGAAGCUGGUGAUGAGGUAGGUAUUAACCUGGCUGUGACAGCCAAUCGAAUUACAGACGGUGAAUAUAAAGUUUGUGGGACUUUUCAAGAUUAUUACGAUGAGUGUUUCUCUUUCAUCCAUAUAAAGCAACCAUUGUCAUACGAACUGGAGCUGGUGGUACUUGAUGAUAAACUAGUUCGUAUGUCGAUUCAUGCAGAUGAUAGUAUUGAUGGCAUCGUACCACUGAUAAAGGAGGUUGGAAAUGGUCCCAUACCGGAAAGUAUCAAGUUGAAGAAAAGAACUCUGACUUACGAGGCAAAGAAAAAAGCUCAGAGAAAGGAUACAGGGACCGCUGCAUUUGAAGAAGAUGUUGUAGAGAACAAAACGUUUCUUCAGAAAAACUGGAAGUACGUUGUCAUAGGGCUACUCGCCUAUGUCUUUUUAUCCAGUGGAUCACAGAAAUAA